CGAAAAACUUGGCGUGGUGUACAAUAUGUAUAUUCGCGUGUGAAAAUGUAAUGUAAUAUAAUGUAUUCACAUUCAAAGAUUGUCAGUGCUUCAUAUAAAUAUAAAUGCUAUGUAACGGCAGCUCAAAAGGGAAGUCGGGAAAAUGAGUUUGCGCUGGAUUCACGAGAAUCUAGAAGCGCCAACGUGCGACGAGGAGUGCAGCGAUAUCGAUGACAGUUGCAGCGAUGACAGCUGCGACACGGAAUUGUCCCUCCAGGAGGAGGAUGUGACGAAGAAUGGAAAAGAUAUCGCUCGCGAUGGCCGAAAGAAGAGGGAAACCAGAAGAGCCCCGACCUCAACCGUUACGUUCGAUGGAAACGGAACGCCACGCAACAUUGAACGUAACUGCAAAUCACGCAAGUACCCACCUUACAUAAUAUGGGAUCCACGACAACCAGCGAAAAAUCCUAUCUAUAAUUGUCGAAUAAUUAAGUUGUACUGUCGCACCGGAUAUCAUCUAGGAAUUACGCCUUCGGGGCGGGUGGAAGGAUUAUCCGGAAACAAAGAGCCAUAUGAUCUGCUUUACGCAACACCGGUAUCUUUUGGUGUUAUUAGAAUACAAAGCGUCGAAACGAGGCUGUACUUGGCAUUCAACAAGAAAGGGCGGUUGUACGGAGAGAUAAAUAUGACUAAUGACAACACCGAAUGGGAACAAUGGAGCAUUGGUUCCUACGAUGCGUUCAGAUCGCGAAAAUACGCGCAAUAUGGAUGGUGGAUAGGAAUAAAGAAAAAUGGACGAGCAAAGCCUGGGCCGAAAACAUUUUGGGGACAAAAAGCUAUACAAUUUUCGGCUAUCCAAGAGGAUUAAUCGAUUAAUCGACCGAAACUUUUAAGAUACAGAUACGCUUUAUAGGGCAUGCCUCUUAUUUCCGACAAUUCAUUCGUUACGUAAACUUUCUCAGAAAGAAAUUCAGGACGAUCAUGAGUGUUUUAUGAGCUAUGAUGUUGUAUGAUAAGGAAUAAGAGAAUCAUUUAGACAAGGCGAUAAUUAUCGAACAGUAAUGUUCCAAUAGAAUAUAAUGUUUAUUAUAACACCGUGUUAUACUCAACAAUAGGAUACUCAAAUUUGGGAUUGUACACUCCUUUUGUAUCUUUAAACUAAACUGUUGCAAGUUGCAAUUCCUUAUUCGUAGUAGAUACAUAUUUGUUAUUACAUGUCAAUCGAUACAUCAAACUGUUAAGUAAGACGAUUGCGUACGUGUAUGUACUUGAAUCGUUUCGUAAAUAACAGAAAUUAUCUUAUUAUUUUGCUUAUAUCAUAUGCAUUAGCUUUUCGUUAAU